AUGACCACUUUUAAAACUGAAAAUCGUCACGGCUAUUCGGUUAAAUUUUCACCGAAUCGAUCAAACCUCUUAGCCAUAGCCACGUCACAAUAUUAUGGGUUUAAAGGUGGCGGAACGUUGUUUUUGGUAAAAUAUGACGAAGACAGAUGUCUAAUAACCAAAAAGUAUGAAAUGCAUUGGGAAGACGGACUGUUUGACGUGGUGUGGAGCAGAUCUGUGUACAGUUUGUUGGUGACCGCCAGCGGAGACGGAACCGUGCAGAUGUGGAAUUAUAAAUAUCCAUCACAAAAACCUGUAAGAACGUUUAACGAACACAAGAAAGAAGUUUGCAGCGUAGAUUGGUGUCAAAACUCCGUAGACGAUUUUUUGUUGUCUGCGUCGUGGGACUGUUCGGUAAAACUUUGGGAUCCCAACAAGUAUUGUUCGCUGACGACGUACAAGGGACACGACAGACUGGUUUACGAAGCAAAGUGGUCUCCAUUCUUGUCUUCGUGUUUUGCGUCGGUUUCAGGCGAUGGGAUGUUGGACAUCUGGGACUGUUCGUCACCGCUGCGGCCGAGCGUCAAAAUAAAUGCACACCAAGCAGAGAUAUUGAGCUGUUCGUGGAACCAGUUUUACCCGUUCGUAUUGGCAACCGGCGGGGCAGAAGGGUUGAUCAGAAUAUGGGACAUACGGAAACUGUUGACGCCUAUAUUCCAGCUCGAGGGUUGCCAGGAUGCAGUGAAACGAGUUCAGUGUUCGCCUCACCACUGGUCCACGUUGGUUUCGGCGUCAUAUGAUUGCACGACAAAGAUUUGGGAUUACGGUGUGUCGUCGGAACCGCGGCAGAGCCAUCAAAACCAUUCCGACUACGUGUACGGUCUGGACAUGAGUGCUGACCAGGACGGAUUGAUGGCCGACUGCGGUUGGGACGCCGAAGUGCGUGUGUUUCGGAUCUGA